CUGUAUGCGGCUUUGUUUGACUUCUCCCUCUCUCCCUCUCUCUCUCUCUCUCUCUCUCUCUCUCGCUCAACAAACCUUUGUUGAUUCAUUGCUCUGUUUCACCUUCUCCUUCGAUCUCUUCUUUUUCACCUUCCAUUGAUUCAUUGACAUUUGAUUUCAUCGUUUCAUUUGGGAUCUCUCUCUCUCUCUCUCUCUCUCUCUCUCUCUCUCUCUCUAGAGAGUGAGAAGUUAAUGGUGGGAGGUUGGUGAGCGGGCGGUGGUGGUGGAAAGGCGGGGAUGGGUGGUUGCUUGUCGGCACCGGCGGGGUGCGUCGGGGGUCGAUUGAGUUCCGGCAAGCGAAAGAAGUGCGGCAGCCGCAGACGGAGGGGGAUCAGGAGGCGCGUCUCGUCUCGGCCGCCCGAUGUUACCGGUUCUUUCGACAAGGUCGAGAGGCCCGGGACGUUCGAUCGCUCAUUUACGAAUCGUCACUCUUUCCAAGGAGGGAGUAUUGAAGAGGCAUGGUUUGAUUCUAUCACGAUAUUUGAUUCUGAUUGUGAUGAAGAUUUCCAAAGUGUGCAGGAUGAUGUGCUAUCUUUAAAUGGCCUCGAAGGUUCUUCUAUAUCAAGCCUUUCAUCUCUCAAGGAUGUUUGUCAUGGUGAACAUAAUGUUCACAGACAUUGUACCUCUGCAACUGAACAAGUACAGAAACGAGGGGAUUCAUCUGCUGGAAAUUCCACACGCAACUUUGUCAAUGACACUGCUAAAAAUUUUCAUUUUCAGCUCUCACAUUCAGAUGGUGUCGAUUCUCAGAUGAAAUCUGAUGGGCCUCCAAAUGAAAUGAAGCAACCUGUGUACCUUGAUGAAAUCUCAUCUGUGGAAGAGAACUCUGGGAGGGGGCAAGGAGUGUUGGAUAAUUGUGGAAUUCUUCCAAACAAUUGUUUGCCUUGUCUUGCUUCUACCGUUCCCCCUGUUGACAAGAGACGAUCUCUAAUCGCUAGUCCAUCAAAUUUAAAGAAAAAGGCUGCCUUAAAGCUUUCAUUCAAAUGGAAGGAAGGACAUGCAAGCGGUGGUUUAUUGUCCUCAAAAAUGCUUCUGCGAAGGCCAAUAGCUGGUUCCCAAGUACCCUUUUGCCCAAUAGAAAAGAAAAUGCUUGAUUGUUGGUCACUUAUUGAACCAAGUACUUUCAAAGUUCGUGGAGAAAAUUAUUUGCGGGAUAAAAAGAAGGAUUUAGCUCAUAACUCUGCGGCAUAUACCGCAUUUGGAGUUGAUGUAUUUUUAUCUCAACGGAAAAUUGAUCAUAUUGCUCGAUAUGUGGAACUUCCAGCCAUCAAUUCUUCUGGCAAGCUCCCACCCAUCCUUGUUGUAAAUGUUCAGGUUCCACUGUAUCCUGCUGCAAUUUUUCAGAGUGAAACUGAUGGGGAAGGAAUGAAUUUUGUUUUGUACUUCAAGCUUUCUGACAGUUAUGCUAAAGAACUUCCAUCCCAUUUCCAAGAAACUAUCAGAAGAUUAAUCGAUGAUGAGGUAGAAAAGGUCAGAGGCUUUCCUGUAGAUACAAUUGUACCCAUUCGGGAAAGAUUGAAGAUCUUGGGACGUGUGGUAAAUGCAGAGGAUCUUCAUUUAAGUGCUCCUGAGAGGAAACUUAUGCAUGCAUACAAUGAAAAACCUGUUCUUUCACGUCCGCAGCAUGAAUUCUACAUUGGUGAAAACUACUUUGAGAUCGAUUUGGAUAUGCAUAGAUUCAGUUACAUCUCUAGAAAAGGGUUUCAAGCAUUCCAGGAUCGGCUAAAAUUCUGCAUCUUGGAUGUUGGCCUCACAAUUCAGGGAAACAAAGCUGAGGAGCUGCCAGAGAAUAUUUUAUGUUGUGUAAGAUUAAAUGGGAUUGACUACACGAAUUACCAGCAAUUGGGGAUUAUUCAGGAACCCCUUUGAUUCUAUUAAGUGUUUAAAACACUGCGAGGCUUAAUAAAAAAAAAAAGUUAAAAUUUUCAACAUAUGCAUCCAUUUGGAUUCGUUAUCGAGCUCUCGACCUACUUCUCAUCUGCAUUCUGCAGUAGUUCGAGGUGAAAUUGUAACUUUGUUUUCACACAAUACCAGAGUACAUAUUUACUCGAUGUACCGGCUUCAGGGAACUGCACUUCAUCGAUAUUUUAACAUAUUUAUUCCAUUCUUUCAAA